AAAUAAUAUUUUCGGAAGAGACAUAUGACGAUGUGUCCACAGCGAGCAGUACGAUAAGCAAAAGCGCAACACCCCUGAGGUACAAACGGCCUCUACAAACCACAGAAGAAGAACAGGGCAUGAUGCACACCCUCCGCCAAUAUGAUGGCAUCCAGGGCAGUUUCUGCCUUAGAUUUUAAAGAAUAAGCCUUGUUAUUUCUACAAGUGCUGAAUCCACUACCUGGACUUAAGUAGAUGCGACGCCGAAUUAAUAUCUUGGUCCUGCAGAAUGUCCAAGAUCAGGCGGAAGGUAACAGUGGAGAAUUCAAAAACCAUAUCUGAUAGCAGCAGCAGCAGCAGCACCACAACCAGCAGCACCAGCAACCCCGCCGCCCCCUCCCGCCGGCCCAGUGUGUUUGAAAGACUCGGCCCCAGCACUGGGAGUAAUGCUGCUGAUAGUCACUGUAGAAAUUGGCUGAAGACCGGUAAUUGCAGUUACGGCAACACUUGUCGCUACACACAUGGAACUCAGCCACGAGGCAAAGGAUUUAGCUUUAGUCGGUCAGCCGAGAGACCCACAGGUGAUCUGCGGGAGAGGAUGAAGAAUAAAAGACAGGAUGUUGACCCAGAAAACGUGAAGCGAGACCUAGACGAGCCCACAUCCCCAACAGCGAAACAGAGAGACUCCUCCCGAGGCCGACACAGGGAAAAGGAGGAUAUAAAGAUUACAAAGGAGCGCACCCCAGCCAGUGAAGAAGAGCCCACAGAGUGGGAAACCAAUCGUGAAGACUCUGAUAUCGGUGACUACGACUACGAGUUAUCACUAGAGAUGAAGCGCCAGAAGAUUCAACGUGAGCUGAUGAAAUUGGAGCAGGAAAACUUGGACAAGAGGGAAGAGAUAUUCAUCAAGAAAGAUGACGCCCCCACCAAAACAAGAGCCACUGCCAUACCGAAGGCCUCCCCAGAGCCGUUAAGCAAUAAAGAUUCACCCUCAGCCAGGAAGUCCACUGGAUCCCCCAAACACAAAAGUGGCGCCAAAGGCACAGGCUCUGGGAAGAAAGAAAAGAAGGCCCCACUAACCUCACCUGUUUCAGAAACAACCAGGCCUUCAAAAGGGAGCCACAGUAAGAAGAAAGGUCCCCGUACCCCCAGUCCUCCUCCCCCAGUCCCGCUGGACAUUCCUGUGAUGGGGAAGAAACACAAAGGCAAGCACAAAAACAAGGAGAAGUCUGAGGAGAAGCUGAAGGAAGCGAAAGAUCGGGGGCGAGACGCAGAAAAACACAAAGAGAAGAAGGAGAAGCGCAGGGACCGAUCAGACAGCUCCCACAAGGCUAAGCGGUCAGUGACGUCGGAGGAGCGUUCUGGUAGCGUGUCAUCUCCCUUUAGGGGCACUUCACCACCCGCCAGGAAGAAAUCCACAUCUCCUAAAGCUUCGUCCCAUAAGACGCCCGUACUGGCCUCCCCUCCUCGCAGGUCUCCCACUCCUCCCCGCCACCAUCACACCCCCACUCCUCCCCGCCACCACUCUCCCUCCUCUCACUCUGGCUCCUCUGCCCAGCGGCACUCUUCAUCUCCCCGCCGGCGCCGCUCGUCCUCUCUUACAUACCACCGGAGCACCGCAGCCCUGGCCUCUGCCUCCUCCCCUCCAUGCUCCCGGCGCUCCCGAACGCCUCCUGCCUCCCACGAACCCUCCUCGCCCCACCGCCGAUCCGACAGAUCGAGCCCCAGCCAGCGGCGCUCCAGGGGCCGCGAGAGGAGCCGUGGUGAAAGAGAGAGGAGUCCGCCUGCUCAGGAGCGCAGACAUGAGCGCAGAGAUGAAAGCCGCAGCAAGCGAGAGAAAGACAGCGUCCGCGACGACCGGGACUAUGACUCUGAACAGGUCUCAUCGCGGGAUGCUCGCGACGACCGGGAGCCCAGAGAGUCUCGCGAGAGGCGGGAUGCUCGCGACCGAGGAAGGGAAACAGCCCGAGACGCUCGCGACCACAGAGACAACAGGGACGUAAAGGACUCCAGAGAGAGCAGGACGGAGACUCGCUCCAGUCGAGAGUCGCUGGAGCGCCGUGACCGCGAACGAGAGCGGGACCGGGAAAGAGAGAAGGACAGAGAGCGAGAAAGAGAGAGAACGGACACCCACAGGAAGGAGGAACCGGCUCAGGACGACAGGAGUUAUGGGAGAGGCCAUGGACGCGAAGAUGGAGGGCGUGCUGAUGGAAGGACAGAGAACAGAACGGACAGAGCUGAGAGGAAUGGACGAGGGAGAGGGCGUGCUAAUGAAACCUCUGAUAAAGGCUCAACCCGAAACUCCCGGGGUUCCCAACUGGAAAGCAGCCAUGACAACUGGGAUCCACGGAGUAGCGCGGUGCGCGAACGGAGCGCAGAGAGGAGCACAGAUCGCAGUGCGACCGAAAGAAGCUCUGAGAGGGGUUCAGACCGAGAUCGCUAUGACGGCGACAGGAGAGGAGAGCACGCCCGAGACUCCUCGUACGACAGGAGAGGAGGGCACGGCGAGCGGGAUCGCAGAGACAACCGAGAGAGAGAUCAAAGAGCAGCCUCACCAAAUAGACACCAGGGGAGAUCAGAGGAGUCUGAGAGGGAUGAGAGGAGAGAGGAUCGCAGGACAGAUAGAACAGAAGAGAGGCGCGAUGACAGGACCCGGGAACGGGAGCGAGAGAGGGACAGGGAGCGGGAGAAGGAAAAGGAGAAGGACAGGGAGCGAGAGAGGGAAAAGGAGCGAGAGAAAGAGGCUGAGAGGGAGCGGGUUAGAGAGCGAGAGCGGGAGAGGGAGCGAGAGAGGGAAAGGGAGCGCGAGGAGCGGGAGAGGGAAAGGGAGGAACGAGAGAGGGAGAGGGAGAGGAAGGAACGGGAGAGGGAAAGAGAGAGGGAGCUACGGGAGCGAGAGAGGCAGCGGGAAUGGGAGGAGCGAGAGAGGGGAAGAGAUGAAAGGCGGGAGAGACGAGAUGACGACCGGCCCGUCAGAGAAACACGGGACGACCGCAAGACAAGUCGUAAGAGGCCCCGGGUGGAGAGCAGCCCGAGCCCCCGAGCCUCUCCUAAGCGAGCAAAUCGGGACCUCAGUCCGGCUGACAGCGACGGCUACAACAGUGCAGAAGAGAAAAGUGAGCGUCUGAUUGGCCGAGGGCAGGCCAAGCCCCUCCCACAGCCCCUCCUCCCCAGCCCACUGUGUCCGCCUUCAUUGGACAGUGCUGACAAAAAUCGCAUGCUGAGCCAGGUGGUGCGGCCCCAGGAGCCCUUGUUGCGUUCACCGCUGAGGUCUGCUCUAUCUGAUGAGAAGCCCAGCCACUGGAAGGAUGAGGAGCGCAGAGGUGCCGGGGACAAAAGGGAGACGCGGAGCCGCCAUGAGGACCCGGAGCCUCGUGCGGAACGGAUUAGAGGAGGCGACAGACGAGGAGAGCACCUCGCAGAUGCCCCAUCUGACUCCCGUAGCAGAGGCAGAGAGCAGCGAGAGUCUACACCGCCUCCCCCUCCUCCACCCCUCGCACCUGGCAGUGAAGACAGAGACACCGCUGGCUCCCAGUCCCACGAGGAGAGCAAAAAGAAGACAAAGUCGCAAAGGAAGGGCUUGAAGAAGGGUCGCAAAGAAGAGGAGAUAGGGGGUGGCAACAGUCUGGCUGGGGCAGGAGAUCGUUUCAACCCCGAGCCCCCAGCCAGCGGUCCUGCAGAUGGGCCUUCACCCAUACUUUCACCCAGGAAAGUGGCCAAGAAGAAGACGCUUGAACGAAAGAGGAAACGGUCACGAGAAUCCGAUGUGUCUGAUGAGGACUCAUCUGCCCCUCCGCCACAUAAUAAGAGGAAGAGAGGUCCCCGGACGCCACCACCCUCAAUGAGGCCUGAUAAUCGAGGUGCUGGAGGCAACGCAGUGCCAUCUCCUCUGACCAAAAUGGACAAUUUCAGUGACUGGUCAGAUGAGGAGGUCACAGACCGAGGAGCACCGCUGGAAACGCAAGCGCCACUGCCUCCUGCUGAGAGGACUCCUGCUGAGCCUCUUAAGAGAGGGGUUGGUCCCAGGGUGGGCAGGGACAUGGAGCGGUGCAACCCAGCUCCCAUCGCCCCUCUGCUCCCCCAAGAUCCUUCGAUACUGAUGCAGACUCUGCCUCCGCAGCCCCUCAUGUCCCAGCCCAUGCUCCGCAAACUUCCCCCAGAGCAGACACGCAGCAGCAGCAUGGGAAGCAACCAGAGCCGCGCGUCGUCCAGACGCCUGCGAUCACCCUCCAACGAGUCAGCCCAUCGAGAUGAUCCGCAAGGUCCACGAGCCCGCCGGGGCAGGCUGCAGGGCGCCAACUCAAGGGACCGAGAGAGGGAGAGGGAGAGAGAACGGGAGAGAGACAGGCCGGUUGUGAAUGACCCUCCAGUGGCUGAGAGAAAGUCUCGAAUUGACCAGUUGAGGAGAGGAGAGCCCAGCCGCAGCACCUCCUCAGACCGACAGGAUUCUCGCAGCCUCAGCUCCAGGCGCAGCUCUCCUGACUCUGAGAGGCAGGCCAGGUCCAUGUCUCGCGCCGGUUCCUAUGACAGUCGCGAGCGGGAGAGAGACAGGGAGCCAUUUGAGCGGGAACGAGAUCGAAAGGACCUCCGGCCUCAGCCGCCACUUCCACCUCAGCCCCAGCAGCAGCCCCUGCUCCUCCAACAGCCCCUACAACAGCAGAGAGACUGGGAGCCCGAACCAAGGGACUGGCCUAGCAGGGGACUGAUGCGUCCAGGCCGGGAAUCUAUCCUGAGGGAGCGGGAUAUCAGGGACAGGGAACGCUUACUCCCUGAAGGACAAUUUCAGCAGCAUGAACGGGAGCGGGAGAGAGAGAGAGAGAGAGACAGUAGAUGUGGCGAUCGAGAGAGGGAGAGGAUGAUGAUGAUGGAUCUACCGCCUCACGUGGACCCCAGGGUCCCCGGACGAGGAGACCUGAGGGGCGAUAUGAGAGGAGACCUGCGAGUGGACAUGAUGAGACAAGAGAGGGGCGACUAUGAGCCUUUGCUGCCAAGAGAAGCCUUCAGCCCUCCAGAGCCGGAAAAACCGAGCAACAGUCACAAUCUCAUAGGAGAGCAACGGGAGCUGGAGAAGACGGAGAGCAUCGACGGAGACGAUGAUGGCAAAGAAGAUGAAGGCCAGUCAGUCGCAUCUGUUGGAGAGGAGUAUGAACCAAUCAGUGAUGAUGAGCUGGACGAAAUUCUGGCCGACAGCCAGAAGAAAGAGGAUCAGCAAGACGAUGAAAAACCUACAGGUCCUCUUGAUGUCAUUGAUGUGGACUGGUCCAGCCUGAUGCCCAAACAGAAGCAGGAACCCCGGGCAGCGGGGGCAGCUUUGCUCCGGUUCACCCCAGGGGCCGUGCUUCUUAGGGCGGGCAUCUCCAAGCGACUUGCUGGGCCUGAGCUGCUGGAGCAAGUGAGAGAGGUGUGCAAGUCCGAGCUAGAUGACCCCAAAGAUGCUGACAAGCUGUUUGAGCAUGACCUGGGGGCCCUGAAUAUGGCAGCCAUGAACAGGCGGGUGGAAAGGGCCGGUUUACUGAGAAACCUCGGGCCUUGUUGCAAGGCCCUGUGUGCCCGCAGGGACUUCGCCAUCCGCCGCCAGCUGUUAAAGAAUGACAAGGGCCAAACCAAGCAGUACCCCACUACGCCCGUGGUAGACAACGAGCUGCUGCAGAUGAGCAUGCGUCUCUUCAGAAGGACCAUGGCUGGCCAGGCCUCAGGGCCCGAAAGGUCGGACAGCGGGUCAGCACCGGCAGCCGAGGUCGCUCCAGCUGGUAGUAGUAAGCUCGGCACAGCACAGCCUGAGGUGUGUGUGUCCUGAAAGAAAUGGGUUUAAUGAGUCAAACACAUGAAAGUGAACACUUCUAUCUCUCCGUGACUCUGUCCCAUUCCAUUUCAUUCAUAGCCUGUUUGGUCCUGGGAGGAAAUAAAGGAGAACAGCAAAAUUGUGAAUCUUACUCAGUAAUGCUUUUACAUGUUUUUGAUGAUCUGCAAGUCCCGUGCCAUAGACUACUGGACAUUCUAGCCUAUGGAGGUGUGUAAUGAACCGUGUAUGAGCAGCAUAAAACACACCUAAAAUGACUUCAUGUUUUUGUUUUGUGCAUUGCAAUGUUUUAGAGCAGCUUUCUAAUUGUCAGUCUCACCUGCCUAACCAAUUUGAAAUGACUGUUUUGUUUUCAUAUAUUGUGCAUUGGUUACUACGACUGUGCAUUAAAAUGCUUAGAUGUUGAUUUUUGUGACGGGUCUUUUGCUUUGUAUGUAGUGAGCGUUCAGCCUUCAAAUGUGACACUUGAUGUUAUUACUAUUUUUGUUUACAUCAUAUUACAAAUUAUCUGCGGUGCAAAUCUCUAGCAUUUGCUGCAGAGUGUUACUGUCCAACAAUACUGAAAACAUCCUGCAGAGACUUGAAUGAACGUUCUUCGUGAAUAAGCACUGCCAAACUAUUCCUUCAUUGAAUGUAAUUUGUUUAUAACUGUUACUCGUUUAAAACAUAAUUGCUUUUUGCUUGAUGUGUUUGUUUUGAAUGGUUUGGCAAUGUCUCCCUGAAAUGAACUCGAGAGAUUGCAGAGCACACUAUAGACUGCAGAGUACCAGAUCUCCAGUACUGCCAUGUGGGAGACCUCUCCUUAACAUUCACCAGCCCAAACCAUCCAAAAAGGAGCCAAAAUGUUCCCAGUAGGAAA